AUGAGCAAUUCCACAUUUUACGACUGGCGAUCUUUACAAGAAGAGUGGAUCCAUCAUUACCAAGCGUUAGACCCUUCAGCGGGUACUCUCAUCAGAAAUUUCUUUGAACCUGCCUCCUUCUUCGCAGAGAACACAUUCACAUCCAGCAUUCCGCUAUGUAUUGGUAAUACACAGACAGAGCGCACAGCAAUCAUUAUAUCCGCCGAUGUAUGCGAGCGAUUACGACGACUGGUCGGCUCCACAAUCCAAGGAUGGCCAGCUCCCUCUAUGCCGACCUUCCACGACGAUUAUAAAGAUAUACAACCUAGCCCCGUCGGCGAUAAAAACAUGUAUAGUCGCUUGCUCCAGAAAGUAAAAAAGCGUAACAAAACAGCCGAGACUCUACGAAAGGCAGUCGAGGAAUGGCAAACUGCCAAAAAUCUUGUGCAAGCAAAGCAGCAUGUCUUCAUCAGUAUCGAUAUUGAAGCAUACGAAAUCGACCAUUCGAUAUUGCUCGAAAUUGGAUGGAGCAUGUAUGACUCCAAGAACGACAAAUAUCUUGAUCAACACUAUUUAAAUAACGCCUACCGCCACCUGAACAACGGCAAAUACGUUGAUGACAUGAAAUUACGAUUCAUGUUCGGCACCUCUGUGUGGUGCAACUUCAAGCAAGCACUGGCCGAGUUGCGGAAGGACUUGGAUUGGGCCGUGGCGCGAGAUGGAGGGUUUGUCCUGGUUGGUCAUGGUCUCGAUAGUGAUUUGAAAUAUCUGCGAAAGCAGAAUUUCAUGUGGCCUGGUCGACCGGGGCAGCCAGAUACAAUGGAUGUAUCGCAGAGUGCAGUUGUCACGAUUCUUAACACGGAUACAAUCUUUGGCGCAACCAUUCGCGAUAUGCACAAUCCUCCAUCGCUUGGUAGAACACUGACGCUUCUCAACAUUGACACCUGGUGCUUGCAUAAUGCAGGCAAUGAUGCUCAUUAUACACUUGUUCUCUUGAUGGCUUUAGUUGGUAAAGCUUAA